UAAACCAACCAAUAGAUUUGUUUUAUUUCUUGCCCAAUACAAGUGAUUUUAUUUAUGUAACUUGUUUAGAAGUUUCUCACUUUGGCUAACAUACAUCCUUUGUACAGGUUUACAUUCAGCCUGAGGCUCCUAAUUUACUAGCUGGACCAUGCAUCUUCUGCAUCCAUUCAGUAUUUUCACAGCUGCAAUGAUGCUAAUAACAGCUUCUUGUCAGUCUCCUGCAAACCAACCAACAUGCAUUGCAGUUCAGGGGAUACCAGGAAUACCAGGAUUACCAGGAAGAGAUGAACCGAAAGGUGACAGUGGAGAUGCAGGUCCACCAGGACAAGGAUUAAGAGGUGAACAGGGCCCUCCAGGAAAAGCUGGCCCAAAGGGAGACCAGGGGCAGAAAGGUUCUACUGGAUAUCCUGGAGUUCCAGGUCCAGCAGGAGUCCAAGGAAUGAAAGGAGUCCAGGGUCCUCCAGGAAAUGCAGGCCCAUUUGGACUAAAAGGAUCCACUGGCUCACCAGGUACGCCUUGUGACACCACUCGCAUAAUUGCCUUAGAAAAGCAACUUGCAGCCUUACAACAAACAUUGACUUCAAAUCAAAAAGUUUUGCAGGUACUAGGUAAUAGCCGGAAAGUUGGAGACAAAACAUUUUUCACUGGAGGAAUGACAUCUAACUUUGCAAAUGCCAAGCUUGAAUGUGCACGUGCUGGUUUUCGACUCGCUGCUCCAGUGACAGAAAGUGAAAACAAAGCUAUAGAAGAAAUUGUGAAACAAUCCAAUAAAGUAGCAUGGCUUGCAAUUUCAGAUGAAAAAAUAGAAGGUAGAUUUGUAUAUCUAGAUGGAAAUCCAAUAAAAUAUUCAAAAUGGAACCCAGGUGAACCAAAUGAUGAUCAUCGUGUUGAAGAUUGUGUAGAGAUGCAAACUACAGGAAGAUGGAAUGAUAAAUCAUGUUCAGAGCUUCGUCUUGUUAUCUGUGAGUUCUAAAGUAAUACAUCUCACUUGUCUCACAAUAACUUUAUGGGUUAAGGACACAAAUGGAAAGCCAUGACUUUAUUAGUUAUUCACUUUGCAGUGAUAUGCUUUCCAGUACACCACAAGCUUUAAUUAUAUGUCAUCUUUGUGUUAGGCUAAAGUAUGUCUAACUACAUUUUUAAGGAUCACAAUCAUAAUUUUGGAUGACUUAAGCAAAUUAUUUCUAAUUGCUUUCACUUUUUCAUAGCUUUUCAGUUUGAACUUUCAGAUCUUUUAUCCAUACUUUAUUCCUUUUCAUAUACAAUACUGUAAUAUUAUUUGAAAACCAUGAAUGACUGCAAUGAAGGAAUUGAGAUUAUGAGGCAUUUAAUAAGACAAAAUAAGUAAAAUAAAUUUUGCAAUCUAA